AUGGCGGCAGUGGAGGCGGAGGCGGCGGCGGCGGCGGCGGCGGUGGCGGUGGGAGCGGAAGUGGAGGAGGUGGCAGCGGUGGAGGAGGCGGCGGUGGAGGAGGUGGAGCAGGUCGGGGUGGCGCUGCGAAGAGGGUCGGCUUCGGUGGUGGUCAGCGCCAGCAGCAGCAGCAGCAGCGCACUCGUGACAUCCCCCCCCCUCAGCAGCUCCGUGAGUGGUACGCUGCGCGCCUGCGGGUGCGGGGGUGCACACCCCACCCAGCGCUGCUUUGGCCGCCUGACGGACGCUUGGCGUCACCAGUUCCCGGAGGCCACUGAGAUCCCUUGCUGGGGCGAGCUGUCUAGGGCGGGAGUAGCUAUCUUUGACCUUGACUUUGAUGCUAUUCUUGCUGCCAUGUAUCCUGUGCCUAUAAGUGAGAAGGGUGACUGUUACCGGUGUUUUGCGCCCGACCCGGGCAUUGAGACUGCUGCUCUAGGUACUGGUGAGGCUGCUGCUCUAGGUGCUAGCGAGGCUGCUGCUCUAGGUGCUUGUGCGUCUGCUCCCUCAGGUGCUGGUGAGUCUGCUCUCUCAGGUACUACGUCAGCUUCGGCCUCCCACACCUUCACCCUUGACUCGGGGGCUUCUCACUCCUUUCGAGACCGCACCACACUCACGCCGCUUGGCCGGCCAGUUGCAGUCUCUCUGGCGGACCCCUCUCGCAGUCCUGUCCUUGCUCACUUCUCCACUGUCCUCCCGUGUCCGGCGGCCCCCUCUGGCACCCUAUCUGGUCUUUACCUCCCCUCGUUCUCUACGAACUUGGUGAGUGGUGCUGCCCUACAGGAUGCGGGGGUUCACCAGUUCACUCCUGCGAGUCAGCGGGGUCACGAGCGCUACUUCCUGCUGGUGGUUGACGACUACUCGCGUUACACCACAAUCUUCCCCUUGCGCAGCAAGGGUGAUGUCACUGAGGUGUUGAUCGACUGGAUCCGCGCAGCUCGUGUCCAGCUCAAGCAGAGCUUCGGGUCGGACUUUCCUCUUCUGCGUCUGCACUCUAACAGAGGCGGAGAGUUCUCCUCUGGCCUUCUGCGAGCCUACUGUCGUGCACGAGGCAUCCGCCAGACCUUCACGCUUCCGGACUCUCCACAGCGAAAUGGGAUUGCUCAGCGCCGCAUUGGCAUGGUCAUGGACACGGGGAAGGUUGGCGAUGCGUCUGCGUUCCGUGUCUGGGGAUCUCGGGCAUUUGUCCGCAACUUGUCUGCGGACAAGCUGUCCCCUCGUGCUGCUCCUUGCGUCUUCCUUGGCUUCCACCCUGACGCGCCAGGGUGGCAGUUCUACCACCCCACCUCUCGCCGUGUUGUGUCCUCCCAGGACGUCAUGUUUGACGAGUCGGUCCCCUACUACCGCCUCUUCCCCAACCGCACUCCGUCCCUCCCCCCACCACCCCUCUUCCUUAUGCCAGGUCCCGCCCCGGUAGACCCCCUCCCCCCUCAAGGUCCUGCCCCUUCAGGUGUGUCCCAGGUACACGCAGUUGAGCCUGUCGAGGUUACUGGUGACUCUGGUGCUGCUGAGGGUGCUGAGCCUGGGGGUGCUGACUCUGGGGGUGCUGAGCAUGUGGGUGCUAUGCCUGGGGGUGCUGAGCCUGAGGGUGCUACUACUGGGGGUGCUGAGCGUGUGGGUGCUACGCCUGGGGGUGCUGAGCCUGAGGGUGCUACUACUGGGGGUGCUGAGCCUGGGGGUGCUGAGCUUGGGGGUGCUACCACUGGGGGUGCUGAGCCUGGGGGUGCUGAGCCUAGGGGUGCUACGCGUGGGGGUGCUAAGCCUAGGGGUGCGGAGCCUGAGGGAGCUGGGCCUGCUCGUAUGUCGUCUGGCGGUGCUGAGCAUGGAGGUUCUCCGGGUGCUUCGUCUGAGAGGGAGUCACUCUCUCCAUAG